AUAUAAAGGCGGACGCCGAGGGCACCUAGACGUCAGAUAGUAUAAGAUUUCUCCUCGACGAGGAACACAAGCAGUGAGUUCAGUGACAGAGUUGAUCCUGUGCGCGGGCAUCAUGAGAUCCCGUUGGAGUCUUGUGGUUGUCUUCGGCGUUGCUCUCCACUUCUCCUUUGUGUCCACCAAGGCGGUUCUGGACCAGACAGCCGAAGCAUCGCAAGUAAGUUCAUCACAGGUGGUCCAACAACGUGUAGGUUUCGACCCUAGCGGGCAUGAUGAACACCAUGACCACCAUCAUCAUUACCAUGAAGAACACGAUCCUGGAUAUUGGAAGAAGAAACUAACCUGGAAAGAGGGAUGGAAGAAAAUUUGGAAGCCCGCGAAGAAACAAAUCUGGAAGCCUGCUUGGAAGAAAAUAUGGAAACCCAUUUGGGUGCCAACACAGCGACCUGCCUGGAAGGAGAUACAAGUACCCGCGUGGAAACAAGUAUGGAAGCCAGUGUGGAAGGAAAUUCAGGUACCGGCUUGGAAGGAAAUCCAAGUGCCGGCCUGGAAACAAGUCUGGAAACCAGUGUGGCAGCCAAUAAAAGUUCCUGCGUGGAAGGAAAUCCAGGUACCUGAUUGGAAGAAGAUUUGGGUGCCUGUAUGGAAGGAAAUUCAGGUGCCCGCCUGGAAGGAAAUCCAGGUGCCAGCGUGGAAACAAAUAUGGGUGCCAGAGUGGGUUAAAGUGGGAAUUCCUGGAGAAAAGUAUCUUGGCAAAGAUCACGAAGGAUGGGAGUACACUAGUCACGAUCUGUGGAAGAAGAAACUUAUUUGGAAGCCGCUAUGGAAGAAAAUUUGGAAACCAGCUAAAAAGCAAAUUUGGGUUCCUAGCAAAAAAUUAGUUUGGAAGGAAGAUUGGAAACAAACAUGGCGGACAGAGAAGAAGCAAAUUUGGGUUGAUGAUAAGAAAUUAGUGUGGAAAGAGGCUUGGAAACAGAUCUGGAAGCCAUCGAAGAAACAAGUGUGGGUACCAGAUAAGAAGCUUGAAUGGAAGGAAGCCUGGCAGCAAAUCUGGAAGCCAGCUAAGAAGCAAAUAUGGGUUCCAGAUAAGAAGUUAGAAUGGAAGGAGGCAUGGAAACAGAUUUGGGUACCAGAUUGGAAGGAAAUUUGGGUACCUGCAUGGAAGAAAAUCUGGAAACCCGUGUGGAUCUCAGAAUGGUUCCCGUCGCCAGACCAUCAUGAUCACCAUCAUCAUGAGGCGUCACAUGGUUGGGACCGAAAAGAUCAAGAUUCUAAAGUCGUGUGGAAAAGACACGACCAGCAGCCUAAGGCUACUCCAGUGCCACUCACACCUGUCCUCAGUCCAGCCUCAGCUGCCACACAAAAGCCCAUCCCGUAGAUCCAUUCGUCACCAAACCAACCCACUCACAUUGUUAUCUCCAUCGUCCACAUACCUACAUUGCAUUAUAAUGUAUGUAAAUAGUUGUUAAAGAGAUUUAGCGAUUUUUUGAGCUAGUUUCUCAUUUAUAUAUUUGUUUAAGUAUUAUAUACUUGCGUGUGUUAACAAUCUGACAAUUUAAAGUUAAGUAUGAAAAAUUGUAUCGUACCUACGUAUAAUUAUUAUUUUUGAAUCGUUGCUGCAAGACACAAAUUGUCCUCUUCAGCGCUAAACUGAAGAAAAAUGUAAACUCAAAUUUUGUUUAUUUCUUUCAAACCAAUAAAAGAAUUUAUACAAAAUAAACUCAAGAAAGAGAGAGUAAAA